AUGGUCAUCCGCGUGUUCGUCGCCUCGUCCUCGGGCUUCGUGGCGAUAAAGAAGAAGCAGCAGGAUGUGGUUAGAUUUCUGGAAGCCAACAAGAUAGAGUUUGAGGAGGUGGAUAUCACAAUGUCAGAAGAACAGAGGCAAUGGAUGUAUAAAAACAUCCCCCCAGAAAAGAAGCCUGCUCAGGGCAAUCCCCUGCCCCCUCAGAUAUUUAAUGGUGACCGAUACUGUGGAGAUUAUGAUAGUUUUUUUGAAUCAAAGGAAAGCAACACAGUCUUUUCAUUCUUAGACCUGAAACCACGGUUGUCAUCAAAGGCAGACCCUUAGAGAAGAAAAGUGGAAAAUGGUUGGAGAUGCAUAUUGGAGCACCUUCUGGUGCUCAGCACACACCUGCUUACCUAAUGCAUCACUGUGACAAAAGCCACAUGCAUCAUCAGUAACUGCUUGCCAUGGAAAAGGUGUUUUUGGAGGAUGUGGGUGUAAUGGAGAUUGCAUGAUUGCUUUAAACUAA